AAACAGGGCCGGCGACGAUAUUGACGAAUUAGACAUUAUUUUGUGUAUGAAACAAUCGUAUUAUUGUGAUAUAUCUAUCUAUAUUGUUAUCUCUCCUUUUUUAUGUACCUGGCCAUUAAAUUAUAUUCUAAAUAAACAUAACUCAGAACAGAUUUUGUGCUCCCACCACUCCUCCUGAUCACAGAUCACGAAUUGAGAUUGUUUUUUUUUUCAGAUCAGGUUGUUGAUCAUUUUUUGAGGCCUUAGGUCCUUUUUUGAAGUGUGUGGUCGGCGCGUCUGUAAUUUGACGUGUUUCCCGCUUCAUGGACAGAUACUGAUGAACAUUCAGCAAUCACAGCCACAGUCUAGCUUCGUUUUGGGACCUCUACCACAUUCUACAUACCACACACAAGGGCAUUCGGGACAUAUUCAGCAGUCGCAUCAGAACUUCAGAACAGUGGCGCAUUCUCUGCCUCUCGGAUACCAGAACAGGACAGCGUACAACAAGGGGCGGAGAGAACGCAACCCAGCCAACAUGAGUAACUACGAAACAAACCCUGUUGGAGCUUUGCAGGAAAGAUUUCAGUCCCGAGGAAUCACACCUGUAUACAGAGUAGUCCAAGCUGCUGGAGCUAGUCAUGCACCAACAUUCUCCUUCCAGGUUAUCCUUGGAGAGCUGACUGCUACUGGGGCUGGGAGCAGCAAGAAGCAAGCAAAACAUUCAGCUGCCAGGGCUAUGCUGGAUAAACUGGACGGACGGGUUCCUGCUCAGGACGGUCAGCAACCCCUUCCUCCUGUUCAGGAUCCAAACUUCUCCCAGGCCCCUGGUAACACUGUAGGAGGACUGCAGGAGUUGUGUGUAAAGCAAGGGUUCCCUAUGCCGACCUACUCCGACGGAACAGUAGACGGACAACCUCAUCAGAGGAAUUUUUCUAUUACGUGCACGGUCGGUAAGAUGCAGGAGAAUGGUGCUGGAGGGUCUAAGAAAGAUGCAAAGCGUGAGGCGGCUCAAAAAAUGAUAGACAAAUUGAAAUCUCUGGGACAAAAUAGAACAGAACAGGUUGGAGGUGUAGUAGAUGUGUUGAGUGCUGAGGAUGAAGAGAUGAUAACUAAGAUCUCUAAUAUGAAGAUUGAUCUUCUAACUCCAGAUGCUAGUGAGAAGGUUGCUGCGUUCUAUAAAAACUUACAAAAUGCGAACGGGAAGUUUUUGGCUAAACUCCACGUAACAUCACUCAGUAAUAGGAGUGUGAACUACAAGACUAUGUUGGAGGAUGUGAGCAAGGAGCAGAAGUUUGAAGUGACCUAUGUCGAGGUUGAGGAGAAAAAUGAUGAUGGUGAACAUCAAUGUUUAGUUCAGAUCUCGACACUACCGAUUGCAGUUUGCUACGCCGCUGGCAAGGAUUAUGACAAGGCGCAGAAUGAAGCUGCUAGAAUUACACUUAACUAUCUGAAGAUGAUGACGAAAAGGUCUCAGAGGGGAAAGAAGUAGAAAUAAUUGGUACACCUUGCAACGAUGACCAGCGAACUGAGAGUUCAAUGAAUCUGAAUGGACAUUAAGAACAACCAUUUAAAACAUUUUAUUUUGGGGUUCAUCUUAAAAAUAAUUUUUGGACCCAUUAUUUAUACUUCGCUAGAUAUCGUUCCCUUUUGUACCUUCAAAUUUUUUUGUGGAUAAAGGUUUAAAACAAUUACUAACAUUUUUCUCCAUAUUGACGGUGAUUUUGAGAAUUAAUUCAAUGAUGUUUAAUUAAGGUCUGAACAGUCAUUAUUAUAUUCAGAUUUUUAAAUCAUGAACAAAAAAUAUUCUGAAAUUCGUUUAAAAUGAUGUAUUAUAUGCAACUCACUUUAAGGCGAAUUGAUAAAUUAUAAACUCAUUUUGAUUCAAAGAAUAAAAUGGUUUUAUGGCAACAAUUAAAAUUAAGGAAAAUCUCAGCAGUCCGUUUUACAAUAAGUUUUACAUAUAAUUUAAUAAUUUGAUAGGAUUGUUAAUAAUCUUUAUCCUCUCUACCCCCAUAUAAAAUACAUGCAUGUUUCUCGUUAAACCAGCAUUCUCACUUUUUUCCUUUUUUCUUCCUUUUAUUAGAUUUUAUUAGAACUUCCCGACCUAAAGCAUCCAUUGCUGUUUAUCGGGAUGAUUAUGGCACCAAUGAGAAUGUUGAUUCAUUGAGAAUUUUUUAGGCCUGCCUUGACAGUUGAAUAAGCACAGUUGCAAUGCAUAAAAUAUUUGUUGACAGGGUUUCCAACUUUUAUUAUUUAUUUCGUAAACUUAUAUACCCUGCUUUGUAACGUAUGUAGAACUAGUCUUGAGAAUCUUCAUGUUGAUUUGUAGAUUCACAUUUUCUGCUUUAGUCAUUGUGUUAAUUAGCAUCAUUAAUAGGACAACGUUUUUUAAGUUAGGCGAAAAACUUGAAAUGUUAAUUUGUACGCUGAAAGGACUAGGACAAAAAGGGAAUAAAGUUUAUUGAUCGGGGACCAGAUUUAAUGAAUAGCUAGUAAGUUUAUUGAUCAGGGACCAGAUUUAAUGAAUAGCUAGUAAGUUUAUUGAUCAGGGACCAGAUUUAAUGAAUAGCUAGUAAGUUUAUUGAUCAGGGACCAGCUUUAAUAAAUAGCUAGUAAGUUUAUUGAUCAGGGACCAGAUUUAAUGAAUAGCUAGUAAGUUUAUUGAUCAGGGACCAGAUUUAAUCAAUAGCUAUUAAGUUUAUUGAUCACGGACCAGAUUUAAUGGAUAGCUAGUGAGUUUAACCACGUUUUUUUGUACGCCGGUUCAAGUCAAGGAGAGGCUGUUCAAAUCUACGUAAUUAAACUAUCGGCCGGGAAUAAUUUCCUCUCUGGUUUUAGUCCUUUUUGUGCUUAAUGCAUGCUACACAGCUUGCUAUUUAGUGCUUAAUGUUCAAAGUAUUAUUAUAAAACAAUGACACAACUGUACAUGUUUCUAAUGAACCACAUCACUUGUAUUGUACACAUGAACUGUUAAUGUUAGCUAUGUAAGAUGUGUAAUGGUAUAUUAUUAUCAUAUUCUACUGUGUAAACUGUCCUGUAUAUGUUUGUUUGUUUGUGCUGUGUAUCAGUUAGGUUAACUGGAGAGGGGGAAAUUCAAAACAAACCAUUCAAAUUAAGUCUCAUUAAUUCGGAAAUCAGUCAGGAAUUUAAAUACUUCCGCACAAAUAAAGCUAUUAAGCUCCCGGAUUAAUCCUGAGUUUUAAUCCAGAUUUAGAAAAUGCUCGCUGUUAAGAAAAUUUUUUAAAUCAGGAUUGACAGGUUUUCAACACAGAAUUCUUUCGGAAGUGCUGAUGAUCUUAAACCCUCGAUUAAAUAUAGUUACUGUAAUUAACUUUAAAAUGUAUACGAAAAUUUUACUAUUUGAUUGGUUUGUAUUGAGUUCCUUCUGACUGCGUAUAUUCAACUGUUGUGUGAGUAUAUCGUCUGAUAUAAACACAUAUAUUGAGCCAGGCCUGCCUGAGGAUACUUCAACUAAAGAUUAAACAAGGAGCUGGACUAGAACAGGAGCAGGAGCUGUAGGACAAAACAUGACCUUGAGAACAGGAGUGGGAGAUGUAGGACAAAAUAGGACCUUGAGAAGAGGAGUGGGAGAUUUAGGACAAAACAGGACCUUGAGAAGAGGAGUGGGAGAUUUAGGACAAAACAGGACCUUGAGAAAAGGAGUAGGCGCUUUAGGACAAGG